GCCCCUCACCUAUCGGAGGCCUCAGUACCAAAAUCUCUCAGAUCCAAAAAACGGAACCAGAGACAAAGCUCUAGCUAAAGCUGUACCGAGCGAAACUCAAUCUCCGUUACUUCAAACAGAUUCCGGAUCUGUUUCUCUCUCCGAGAGAGGAUCCAACAUAUCCCUAAUUUUACAAUGGUAAUGGAACUGGAGAAUGGGGACGACGUCCUCCCCACAUUGGCGUCACCGACGUCUGCCAUGGCCGGUCUCCUCCCUCUUGCCUCCGUCUCUCAACAGCCUUAUGUCUCCGAGCUCCUCUCUUUCACUCUCGAUCGCCUCCAUAAGGAGCCGGAGCUUCUUCGAGUUGAUUCGGAGAGGAUUCAGAGGCAAAUGCAAGAAGUGGCGGUUGGUAAUUACCGCGCUUUCAUUGCUGCCUCCGAUGCGUUGGUUGCGAUCAAAGAGGAAGUUACUUCUAUCGAUAAGCAUCUUGAAUCUCUGAUAACUGAGAUCCCAAACCUGACAUCUGGUUGCACAGAGUUUAUUGAAUCUGCAGAACAGAUUUUGGAGAAAAGGAAGAUGAACCAGACUCUGCUAGCAAACCACAGUACUUUGCUUGACUUGCUUGAGAUUCCUCAGCUUAUGGACACAUGUGUAAGGAAUGGAAAUUAUGAUGAAGCUCUUGAUUUAGAAGCAUUUGUUUGCAAACUAUCAACCAUGCACCCCAAAUUACCUGUUAUUCAAGCAUUGGCUGCAGAAGUUAGGCAGACAACCCAAUCUCUUCUCUCUCAGCUUCUCCAGAAGCUUCGUUCUAAUAUUCAGUUACCAGAGUGCCUUCGGAUUAUUGGAUAUUUACGCCGAAUAGGAGUGUUUAGUGAGUAUGAAAUGCGAUUGCAGUUUUUGAGAUGCCGAGAGUCAUGGCUCACUGGAAUUCUUGAAGAUUGGGAUCAGAGAAAUGCUUAUGAGUAUCUAAAAGGGAUGAUAAGCUGUCAUAGAAUGCAUCUUUUCGAUGUUGUUAACCAAUAUCGAGCAAUAUUUGCUGAUGAUACUUCUGGCAGUGAACAAAAUUAUGAUGGUGGACUUCUUUUUAGUUGGGCUAUGCAUCAGAUUACUUCACACCUUAAAACUCUUAAAGUUAUGCUUCCAAAGAUAACAGAAGGUGGAUCACUGUCAAAUAUUCUGGAUCAGAGCAUGUAUUGUGCAAUGGGACUUGGUUGGGUUGGGCUGGAUUUUCGAGGCUUGCUCCCAUCUCUUUUUGAAGAGGCGGUGCUCAAUUUAUUCUCAAAGAAUAUGAAUACAGCAGUUGAAAACUUUCAGUUAGUUUUGGAUUCACAUCGUUGGGUUCCACUGCCAGCGGUUGGCUUUUCAGCAACUAGUAUUGGUGAAGAAAGUCAGGAGGAUGUAACUCCACCAUCUUAUCUGAUGGAACAUCCACCUCUUGCGGUGUUUAUUAAUGGUGUUUCUGGUGCAAUGAAUGAGCUACGUCCUUGUGCCCCAGUAAGCUUGAAGAAUGUUCUUGCUCAAGAAUUAAUAAAGGGAUUGCAGGCUGUUUCAGACUCUCUAUUGAGAUACAAUGCAACGCGGAUGCUCAGAGAAAAUGAGUCUGGGCUCUUCCUCUCACUUUGUCGAGCAUUUAUAGAGGUUGCUUUCCCACAUUGUGCAACAUGCUUUGGGCGUUGUUACCCUGGUGGAGCUGCUCUUAUCUUGGAUGCAAAGAAUUUAUAUGAUGGAGUUGGUCGCCUGUUGACAAUCUCUUCUUUGAAAGAACCCCCUAAACGGGUUAGUGAUGCAGAGGAAAAGACCACUUCAGAAAACGGUGACCUGCCUCAGCCUGUUGUGGAAAAUGGUGUUGAACCUGCUGUUGAUGAAACGGGGAGCGCAAAUGCAGAUGAGAAGGAGCACAACAUUCCCACUUUGCAAACUGAUGAAAAGCUUGGGGAUGCAUCCUAGGAAGCUCAUCACUUAAUUUUACUUAUCCAUUCUUUUAUUUUUAACCCUUUGCAAAUUUUUGCCUUAAUUGUUUGUAAUUAUGCCUGGAAAAAGUUCUCAGAAUAUAUUAUAGAUGUGUUGUACUAUAGAGGAAAGAUUAACAAUACAGUUUCACAAAUUUAGAAAGGAAUAGGAGUUAUUAGAGUUUCA